AUGUCUCAUCCUAACGAAGUUGGCGGCUAUAAACUUGGGUCACUUAUCAUCGAAGGCAAAACAAAACAGGUGUUUGACCUUCCGGAACUUCCAGGCCAUUGUCUUUUGCUGAAUAAAGACCGAAUCACUGCCGGCGAUGGCGUCAAAGCUCACGAUCUGGAAGGAAAAGCGGCAAUCUCCAACCAAACGAAUGCCAAAGUUUUUGAAAUUCUCAAAGGCGCGGAUAUCAGAACCGCAUUUGUCAAAAUGGCCUCUCCAACUUCAUUUUUAUCUAAGAAAUGCGACAUGAUACCCAUUGAAUGGGUGACGCGUCGCCUCGCGACUGGUUCAUUCCUGAAGAGAAACCCUGGAGUGCCUGAGGGAUACAGAUUCACACCUGUCAAAUUGGAGACUUUCUUCAAGGACGACGCUAACCAUGACCCUCAGUGGUCAGAGGAACAGCUCAUUGCUGCAAAACUGAAAGUCAACGGUGUUGUUGUUGGUCAAGACGAAGUGGACUAUAUGAAGAGGGUUUCCAUUCUCGUAUUUGAAGUUCUGGAGAAAGCCUGGGCACUCAGAGACUGUGCACUCAUCGACAUGAAAAUCGAGUUUGGUGUGGACGCUGAAGGCAACAUACUGGUAGCCGACGUGAUUGACUCCGACUCGUGGAGGCUUUGGCCUUCUGGAGAUAAACGUCUUAUGGUCGAUAAGCAGGUAUACAGAGACUUGAAAAACGUGACGGCCGCGGACCUCGACACCGUAAAGCGUAAUUUCACAUGGGUGAAGGAUCAGUUGGACCACCUUAAACCAACAAUUCACCAUAAAGUCGUGGUGUUUAUGGGCUCGGCGCAAGACAAGGAGCACUGCAACAAAAUAGCCAAGGCGGCUAAAGACCUGGGUUUGAGUGUGGACCUUCGUGUUACAUCUGCACACAAGGCGACAGAGGAAACUCUGCGCAUCAUGCAGCAGUACGAGGACACGCACGGAGCCCUGGUCUUCAUUGCGGUUGCUGGCCGCUCCAACGGACUUGGACCAGUUUUAUCUGGCAACACUUCCUACCCGGUUAUUAACUGUCCGCCACCAUCAGAUAAACUUGUACAGGAUAUCUGGUCAUCUCUGUCUGUGCCUUCUGGUCUCGGCUGCGCGACAGUCAUCUACCCCGAUAGUGCUGCCAUAAUGGCUGCACAAAUCAUUGGCCUGCAAGAUUACCUGAUCUGGGGCAGACUUAGAGCUAAACAAAUUGAAAUGGCUGCAGCUCUUAGAAAAGCGGACAAGCAAAUGAUAAACCAUUAA